GGGCCAGCGGUGAACCUGCAGGAACGCAUCGAGCAUCCUCCUCCGGAGAGAGCGGCGCGAGCGCAGCAUCAGCACCACCACCCGAAGCCCUCCUCCGCCCAUGCCCCGGCCAGGCGCCGCCGGCCCUCCAGACCCUUUGAACCGCGGGAAGGGAAUUUUCAGGAGUGGAAUCUUCCCAGGAGGAGAGAAAUUUGUAGACGGCCAGAAUGGCAGGAGCGUCUGUCAAGGUGGCCGUCCGGGUGCGCCCUUUCAACUCCCGAGAAAUGGGCAAGGACUCCAAAUGUAUCAUACAGAUGACAGGAAACACCACCACUAUCAUUAAUCCAAAACAGCCAAAGGAGACACCCAAAAGUUUCAGCUUUGAUUAUUCCUAUUGGUCUCAUACCACUCCCGAUGACAUCAACUAUGCCUCUCAAAAGCAGGUAUAUCGGGAUAUUGGAGAGGAAAUGCUGCAACAUGCUUUUGAGGGUUACAAUGUCUGCAUCUUUGCCUAUGGGCAAACUGGAGCCGGAAAAUCAUAUACCAUGAUGGGCAGACAGGAAAAGGAUCAGCAAGGCAUAAUUCCUCAGCUGUGUGAAGAUCUCUUCUCCCGAAUCAAUGACACAACGAAUGACAACAUGUCUUACUCAGUGGAGGUGAGCUACAUGGAAAUCUAUUGUGAACGUGUGCGUGACCUCCUCAACCCUAAAAACAAAGGGAAUUUAAGAGUGAGAGAGCACCCACUCCUUGGCCCGUACGUGGAAGAUCUCUCGAAACUAGCUGUCACAUCCUAUAAUGACAUCCAAGACCUAAUGGACUCUGGGAACAAAGCCAGGACAGUGGCUGCCACCAAUAUGAAUGAAACCAGCAGCCGCUCCCAUGCUGUCUUCAAUAUCAUCUUCACUCAGAAGCGGCAUGAUGCUGAGACUGACAUCACCACUGAGAAGGUCAGCAAAAUCAGCUUGGUUGAUCUUGCAGGGAGUGAACGAGCUGACUCCACAGGAGCAAAAGGCACACGACUUAAGGAAGGUGCAAACAUCAAUAAAUCACUAACCACCCUGGGGAAGGUGAUUUCUGCUCUAGCUGAAAUGGAUUCAGGACCAAAUAAGAACAAGAAGAAGAAAAAGACAGACUUCAUUCCAUACCGGGACUCUGUACUAACCUGGCUCCUUCGAGAAAAUCUUGGUGGUAACUCUAGGACUGCUAUGGUUGCUGCCCUUAGCCCUGCUGAUAUCAAUUAUGAUGAGACCCUGAGCACAUUAAGGUAUGCUGACCGUGCUAAGCAGAUCAGGUGCAAUGCUGUCAUUAAUGAGGAUCCUAACAACAAACUGAUCAGGGAACUGAAGGAUGAAGUGGCUCGUCUGAGAGACCUGCUGUAUGCCCAGGGUCUGGGAGACAUUAUUGACACUAAUCCCGUUCCAGGAGGACCUAAAUACAUUUCCGACUUUGAGAACAAUAAUGAUAACCGUAGAGUGGCAGAUAUGAGUCAACGCCAUGACAAUCUCUCCACAGUGACCAAUGCCUUGGUAGGAAUGAGCCCGUCCUCCUCACUCUCUGCAUUGUCCAGCCGAGCUGCUUCUGUUGCCAGUCUCCAUGAGCGCAUCAUGUUUGCUCCAGGUAGUGAAGAGGCCAUUGAGAGAUUGAAGGAAACUGAGAAAAUCAUUGCUGAGUUGAAUGAAACAUGGGAGGAAAAGCUACGUAGAACAGAAGCAAUCCGGAUGGAAAGGGAAGCUUUGCUGGCAGAAAUGGGAGUGGCCAUGAGAGAAGAUGGUGGUACACUAGGAGUAUUCUCUCCCAAGAAGACACCACAUCUGGUCAACCUAAAUGAGGAUCCUCUGAUGUCUGAGUGCCUUCUCUACUACAUUAAAGAUGGAAUAACCAGGGUUGGUCGAGAAGAUGCUGAAAGGAGGCAAGACAUUGUACUCAGUGGGCAUUUCAUCAAAGAAGAGCACUGCCUAUUCCGAAGUGACACAAAGGGUGGCAGUGAAGUGGUGACCCUGGAACCUUGUGAGGGGGCCGAUACCUAUGUCAAUGGCAAGAAAGUCACAGAACCCAGCAUCCUAAGAUCUGGAAAUCGCAUCAUCAUGGGGAAGAGCCAUGUCUUCCGCUUUAACCAUCCAGAGCAGGCACGGCAGGAGCGAGAGCGGACUCCCUGCGCAGAAACCCCCGCUGAACCAGUGGAUUGGGCUUUUGCCCAAAGAGAACUUCUGGAGAAACAAGGCAUUGAUAUGAAGCAGGAGAUGGAACAAAGGCUUCAGGAACUUGAAGACCAGUACCGGAAGGAAAGGGAAGAGGCUAAUUACCUUCUUGAGCAACAAAGACUCGAUUAUGAGAGUAAACUGGAGGCUUUACAGAAGCAGAUGGACUCUAGAUACUAUCCUGAGGCUAAUGAGGAAGAGGAGGAACCUGAGGAUGAAGUUCAGUGGACAGAGCGGGAGUUUGAGUUGGCGCUCUGGGGCUUCAGGAAGUGGAAGUGGUACCAAUUUACGUCUCUCCGGGACCAACUGUGGGGCAAUGCCAUUUUCCUCAAGGAGGCCAAUGCCAUCAGUGUGGAGUUGAAGAAGAAGGUUCAGUUUCAAUUCGUACUCCUGACAGACACUUUGUACUCUCCUCUGCCUCCUGAUUUGCUUCCUCCGGAUGCUGCCAAAGAUCGCGAGAAACGCCCUUUCCCAAGAACUAUUGUGGCAGUGGAGGUUCAGGACCAGAAGAAUGGAGCAACUCACUACUGGACUCUGGAAAAACUCAGGCAGAGGUUGGACCUGAUGCGAGAGAUGUAUGACCGGGCUGCCGAAGUGCCCUCUAGUGUUAUAGAAGACUGUGACAAUGUAGUGACGGGCGGAGACCCCUUUUAUGACCGCUUCCCUUGGUUCAGGCUGGUCGGCAGCUCUCCUAUUUUCAACACAUGCAUGAGCGAGCGCAUGGCUGAUCUCACCCCCUCCCCCACCUUCUCGAACCCUGACUCCGACAUCACCGAGCCUGCUGACGAGCAGCACGUGGGGAAGGAGGAGGAGGAGGAGGAGGAGGACCUGGAGGAAGACAUCUUUCCGGAGUACCCGCUGUAUGAUGGCCAGGAUCCAUUUUACGACCGCUCCCCCCUGUUCAGUUUAGUAGGAAGAGCUUUUGUGUAUCUCAGCAACUUGUUGUAUCCGGUGCCUCUGGUCCACCGUGUUGCCAUCGUCAGUGAGAAGGGAGAAGUGAAAGGAUUCCUGCGUGUGGCAGUUCAGGCCAUCUCAGCGGAUGAAGAAGCACCAGAUUAUGGUUCAGGAGUGAGACAGUCGGGAACAGCCAAAAUUUCCUUUGAUGACCAACACUUUGAGAAGUUCCAGUCUGAGUCCUGUCCUGUGGUGGGAAUGUCCCGCUCUGGAACUUCACAGGAGGAACUGCGCAUUGUUGAGGGCCAGGGGCAGAUAACUGAUAUUGGCCCCUCAGCAGAUGAAGUCAACAACAACACUUGUGCAGCCACUCCUGAAGAUCUUCUGGACAGUUCAGAGAAGUCUGCUGUUGAUGGGCCUUUCGAAACAGCUUUGGAACACUUGAAACUGGGAAGCAUUUUCACUUUCCGGGUGACUGUUCUGCAGGCCUCCAGUAUUUCAGCAGAAUAUGCAGACAUCUUCUGCCAGUUUAACUUUAUCCACCGCCAUGAUGAGGCCUUCUCCACAGAGCCUUUGAAGAAUACUGGUCGAGGCCCACCUCUUGGCUUCUAUCAUGUUCAAAACAUUGCAGUGGAGGUCACCAAAUCUUUCAUUGAAUACAUUAAAAGCCAGCCAAUUGUUUUUGAAGUAUUUGGACACUAUCAGCAGCAUCCUUUUCCACCUCUCUGCAAGGAUGUCCUUAGCCCCCUAAGACCAUCCCGGCGCCAUUUCCCUCGGGUCAUGCCAUUAUCCAAACCAGUGCCUGCGACCAAACUGAGUGCCAUGACGAGGCCCAGUGUGGGCCCCUGCCAGUGCAAGUAUGAUCUGAUGGUCUUCUUUGAGAUCUGCGAGCUGGAGGCCAAUGGCGACUACAUUCCUGCUGUUGUGGAUCACCGGGGAGGAAUGCCCUGCCAUGGGACCUUCUUACUGCACCAGGGCAUCCAGAGGAGGAUCACAGUCACCUUGGUGCAUGAGACAGGGAGCCACAUCCGCUGGAAGGAAGUGCGGGAGCUAGUUGUAGGCCGGAUACGAAACACCCCAGAAGGAGAUGAAUCCCUCAUUGAUCCCAACAUUCUCUCCCUGAACAUUCUCUCAUCAGGAUAUAUCUGUCCCUCCCAAGAUGAUCGGCAGUUUCUUGAUUCGGAUAUGCCUAGGACCUUUUACCAAUUUGAAGCCGCCUGGGAUAGUUCCAUGCACAACUCUCUGCUACUGAAUCGCGUCACACCGUACAGAGAGAAAAUCUACAUGACCCUCUCUGCAUACAUUGAGAUGGAGAACUGCACCCAACCAGCUGUGGUCACCAAAGAUUUCUGCAUGGUCUUCUACUCCAGAGAUGCCAAACUCCCUGCUUCUCGAUCCAUCCGGAAUCUUUUUGGAAGUGGAAGUCUCCGAGCUUCAGAGAGCAACCGUGUGACUGGAGUCUACGAGCUCAGCCUUUGCCGGGUGGCCGAUGCUGGCAGUCCAGGCAUGCAAAGGAGACGAAGGCGUGUGCUUGACACAUCUGUGGCGUACGUGCGAGGCGAGGAAAACUUAGCAGGCUGGCGGCCCCGUAGUGACAGCCUCAUCCUGGAUCAUCAAUGGGAACUAGAGAAACUGAGCCUCCUGCAAGAAGUUGAGAAAACAAGACAUUACCUGCUCUUGCGUGAGAAGCUAGAGACAACUCAGCGCUUAGGUCUUGAUUCCCUGUCAUCAAGCUCCAGUGAUGACUCUGAUUCCCGAAGCACAUCUUGUGUUUCGUCUCCUAUCUCAGCAGAUGGCACUCCAGAAGGAAGGACUUUACCCCUAGAUAUGCCCAGCGAGAGGCAGAAAGAACUUGCGGUUAAGUGUUUACGUCUCCUUACACACACAUUCAACAGAGAGUACAGUCAUAGCCAUGUCUGUGUUAGUGCAAGUGAAAGCAAGUUAUCUGAAAUGUCUGUGACUCUGAUGAGAGAUCCUUCCAUGCCAGCUCUUGGUGGCAGCACUUUGACCCCCUCUUCCACUUGCCCAUCACUGGUUGAAGGACGGUACACUGCCACAGACGCCAGACCUCUCCAGCUCUCUUCAAGGGUGGAAAGCCCUGAAUCCGAGCACGCUAUUGAAGGAGAACAGAAGAAAUCCCCCACAUGUGGGCCUGAGGAUGAAAAGGAGAUCCAGCGCCUUUUGGUUCCUGACAUUCAAGAGAUUCGAGUCAGUCCAAUUGUUUCUCGGAAAGGCUACCUCCACUUCCUGGAGCCCCAUACAAAUGGCUGGGUGAAGCGCUAUGUGGUGGUGAGACGCCCCUAUGUCUACAUUUACAACAGUGACAAGGACUCGGUGGAGAGGGCAGUUCUCAAUCUUUCAUCAGCUCAGGUGGAAUACAGUGAGGACCAGCAAGCCAUGCUGAAAACUCCUAACACCUUUGCAGUGUGCACUGAGCAUCGUGGGAUCCUGCUGCAGGCAUGCAAUGACAAGGAUAUGCACGACUGGCUGUAUGCAUUCAACCCUCUCCUGGCUGGCUCAAUAAGAUCCAAGCUGUCUAGACGGAGAACAGCCCAGACAAGAAUUUAGCCCAGAAGAACCACCCACUUCAUCAAACCAAGUGAAACAAUGGGCGCUGCUUGUGGGUCCUCCUUAAAUCUGGAUCUCUCCUGUCUUUCAUCUCCCAGAAGUCUGUGCUGGCAGAAUGAUUCAUCUCAAGUUACAGCUUUGUUGGCCAAAUUCAUUUCUAUGGUAACUUUAGAUGCCUGGUAUACCCUGAAAUUCUUGUGCACAUGUGAUCUUCCACCCAUCUCUUAUUGGGUGGCAUAUGACCACUAACAAAGCAAGAGCUUCUUCUUUUUUUUUAAUUUUGUGUCUUAAAGCAACUUUGACUUAAAGAUACAGGAAUUUGCAAAAGAGUGCAAGUUAUAAAUCAUGUUACUUAAGAGAUAAAAAUGAUAGGAUUGUGUGCUGAUAAAUCAUAACUUAUUAUUGACAUUUUAAAAAAUUACUUGGUAGAGCAAAAGAGAGUAGUAUGAGAUUAUAUUUAUAAAGUAUUUAUUUCUAUUUACUUCACUGGAAAAUGUACAUUCUGUUUAUCAUGUGUUGUUGUUUUCCACACUUAUGAACAAACGUGAUGCUGCAUCCUGUUUCUGAUAUAGGAAGAGAUGGGGAAGUCAGCCCAGGAGGGGCCCAUCAGCCAUUGCGUGAAGCUACCCUUUUCCCAUUUCAAACACUACACUCGCUGCCAGGCUGCUUAUUUUUCUUUUUCCCUCACAGUCACCUUAGUUUGUUUGACUUGGCUUUGGAGCAGAUGUUACAUCCAAAACUAUCCAAAUAAUUCCUCCAAACUGCUUGCUUUGGUUUCAACAAGAAGCAAUUUUAGGAGGCUCUGCUCGGGAGUAAAGAAACAGUAAUGGCAGUUGCACUUAAUUCUUCCUUCAUUUGUUAGAUUGAAUUAUUUCUCUCAUCUGCACCCCAGCUGCUGCUCCUGUGUUUGGAAAAAAAAAAAGAUUGAGUAUCCUACUUUUUUUUUCUAGAAAGCAGCUAAAUAUAUUGAUGGAGAAAAUGUGACGCAUUCUUGGUCCCCAGCUUCUCAGUGUUGUUUUUCAUUUUUAAGUCCAUCACUUUAUUUCUCACAUACAUCUUCACAUAAUUUUGAGACUGACAUUCAUUCUCAAGUCAAUUGAGGUGUGUUGUUGGAUGUAAAUUCAUGUGUUUUCUUGCAAAACAAACCAGUGACAGAUUCUUUAUUUACCAACAUAGCAGAAAUGUGGGCUGCUUUUCAUCAUUCAUAUCACAAAUAAUAUUCAUUAGGUUACUGUGACACAGCUAUAUUCUACACAGCAAUCGGAAUAGUCAGGGAAGAAUUGCAUUUUCCAAGGAAUAGAAUAUAACUACUCCCAAUGCCUAGGGAGAAUAUAUAUAUAUAGCUGCAGAACAGAAGUGCAACCUCAAGGGGGAGAUCAAUGUACUUCCCAAGAAACUUGAAACUGAAUGUGUGAAAACUGAUUUAUGAGAGGCUUAAGUUUGAAGUAGAUGGUGGGGAAUGAUGUAGCAAGAAUGAAAAGACCCUAGACUAUGGAUGGAAAAGUAUGAUAUCAAAGGGGCACUUCUCUACAUUGUUGUAUCAGGUGGUGCCUUCAAAAGUCUCCUUGCAAUCAUUAAAUACGCCUGGACCUCACACCUUUAUUUUCUUUCUCCAAGGUAUUAGAUUUUCUAAACAGAAUGUAAAAGAUGACAUUUACACCACAUGUUUACAAAGUUUGUGUGAAAACUCAAAACCCUCCUGUUCAGAUUUUUUUUAAAAAAAUGGGUGCCCCUGCAAACCCAUGGGAAUCUCCUUCAUGUAUCCUUGUUCUCCCUGACAGCAGACAUUUGUUCAGGUAUCUAUAAUCUUUUAGUCCACAAGAACAUUUGCUAGAAUAAAUAUGCAGACUAAGUAUUGUGAUUCCCUCGUCAGCCAGACAUAUCAUCACUGAGUGGUAUUUUACUUCAUUCUUUGUUGCCUAUUUCCCCCUUAUUAUCCCCCCUAAAAUAGCUUGCCAUUCCAUCUUUCUCCAACUCUCAUUCUGACCAACAAAUCCAGAGAACAAUAAAAAGUUUCAAGGGCUAGUUCUCCUCAUGGACUACCAUUUUACUCUAUUAGUCCUAGUCUUUGUGGUAUUAGAAUCUCUUCCAAAAAUAUUUUCAAAGCCUGUCUCUCCAUUAUAAGAAAUUCUGUGCUAUGUUUCUGGAAGAAGUGCUUUCCUGUCCACAAUGCUAUUUACAGCCAGGUCAAUAUGACCAAAUAGGAGGCUGUCAAAAGAUAAUUCUGUUUGUUUUAAUGUGCAUGGUUUCUUUUUCUUGAGUGAUAAAAAUAGUAAGUAACUUUUUAAAGAGCUUUUAGUGGACUACUUUGAUUCAUGGCAACUUUCCAGCUUAAAGCUGCUUCCAGACAAGGUGUUUACAGUGGAAUUGCUAUGCCUUCUUCACUUACAUUUAAUGGCAUGUGUAUGUUCCACAUGGCACAGUCAUCCUCUUGUAACACCCCUCUGUUUUCCCAAUGCUGCAUCCAUUUAUUUUAAUGGCAUGGAUUAUUUAGAAGAAGACAUAAAAUAGCAGCAGGAAAUCUUCACAGAUGCAGAUCUAUGCAAGAGAGGCAGGGUAAGAAAAGUUGUUCCUGGAAAAAGUGGAUGACAUGUUAAGGACAUCCUUUCUUCUGCUGCUCAAGGACUAUGAUUGUAGUUGGACUUCAGUUCCCAUCAUCUGAGCUGCAGAGAAGGCCCAUGUCAGCGAGAGCAUCCCAUCAACAUCUAGAGGACCACAGGUUCCCUAACACUACUCUAUUGCUUGCCAUUAGACUCUAGUUAGAGUCAGACUUUUCCAUAAAGAGAUUUGCAUUUUUCUUGAAUCAAUGUCUGUUAUUUUUUUAAAGCUUGUGGAUGCAUUUAAUUGAUGUCCUGCUCUUGGCAUUAGCAACAUCUUAAUUAAUUGCUUCUUCAAAAUGUUCUCUCUCAGAAUGACUCCCUAAUCUGAAUUCACAAAUUAGCUGUUAAACAAGAGGGUUCAACUAUUGCUUUUAGAUACACAUUUUCUGAGCAGACAGAAUUUGAUCUCUGAGCAGUAUCUGAGCAGACAAAAUUCAGAUUAGAACAGAACAGACACUUGUUAUUAGAGAUUCUAGUUGUCCUGCCCAGAUUUAUAGGCAGAUGCUAAGUAGAUUUAAGUAUUUUAAUGUUUUUCCCUAGAGCUGCUUAAGGCUCUUGGUAAGGCAACUGAAGUUUCUAACAGCAAUACUGCUAAUGCUCCCAAACUGUCUCCAACUCCCCAUUAAAAUCAGAAAGCAGUGAGUUGCAGAGAAGGGUGUAAAUCUAUGAAACAUAGCUUAGAGUGUCUCAGCCUUCAUCCACAGUCCUUAAAGGUCCUGAAAAAAGGGAGACAUUUGAAUGUUGCUACUCCAAACUUCUGUUUUUCUCCCCUGUACAGCUCAAACUCUGCUAUCAGACCCAAGCAGGGAGAAAGGUGCGAUUCAAAAUAGCCAAAUACAGCAAGGUGGGAAGUGGGUAAGGAGCAACACCUCUAAUGUACAGACCAACACAGAAAGGAAGAGAUAUAUUGCACAAGAGUUCAUAAGUACACUAGGGAGAGAACAGAAUUGCCAUGGUUUUGAUCCAUCCCACGGAACAUAAUGGGAUGUAAAAACAUUUUUAAAAAGAAGAGGAGGUAUAUAGCACACUGUAGAAAAUACACUGAAAAUCUGCUUACAGCAAAAGAAAACCCAAACAUUGUGUAACUUCUAUGCCUGGACUCACCCUAAGUCUAAAGACCUGCACAUCAUUUCAUGAAAAAUCAUCCUUGAUUCUUGAUUUCUGCUCAGUGGAGAUUCUUGCUUGAUUAUCCAAUGCCCCCUGCUCUACUAAUUGGCAAUAAUUGGCAUUAGACCAGACAACUUUUUUGCCAAAUGUGAUUUGCAGUAAAAUGGACAGAUAGCCAUGCUGAAUCUUCAUUUUUCUACAAUGUUCUGACGUUUUAUGUUUAACAGUAAACCACAACUAUCAGGAACCAGGCUGAGGCAAGCAAGUGUAGUAUAAAAUUAUAUCUUGUAAAAUGAAAAAGGCAAUGUAAUUGUACACAUUUUUUGGAAGUAAGUCUCAUUUUUCAGUAGCACUCACUUUUAGGUAAGUGUACAUAGGAAUGUAAACUUAAUGUUGCAAUAAUUCAUUGACAGGGGGAUAUUUUCCCUUAUCUCUGAGCAGAAGAAGGCUUUCAGAGAUACAUGGGAUUCAUUCAAGAGAAUUGUAUGUGCCCAUAAAAAUUCUGCCUUAGUAGUCUCUCCCAUACUUUAAUUACAGGAUUCUAACAUUAAAGACAUGUACAGUAUGUGGACAACCUUAAUCAUUCAGACCAAAAUCAGGAAACUAAUAGCAUUUUCACUGUACUAGUGAUAAUGAAUGAAGAGGUCAUUUCAGUGUCCUCCCAUGUUCAUGUUUGUUUUUGACCAGUCAAGUGUUAAAAUAUCAAUAUUGAUUGCACAACGUGAAAUGAUUGAUAUGGGGUAUGGCUUAGGUCAACCAACCUACAGUUCAUGUUCCUUGAUGGCUUCAGUUUUGGGAAGUAUUUCCUCUCACUUGGUGUUCCAUGUUGCUGGGGCCAGCAAACCUGCAGACAACAUGGUGGUGAGGGAUUAAAACUUGUCCCAAAGCUCUUAAAAUCAGUGGGGAUGUUUGAAUCAGAAAUUUAAUGCAAUGACUAAAAAGUAGUUGGUCAACUAUGAAUUCAACAAAUUGUCAGUAGCUUAUUUAUCAUGCAAUGUUUCCCAACCUUUGGUUCUCCAGGUGUUUUGGACUUCAGCCUUCACGGUUCCUAACAGGGAUUUCUGGGAGUUGAAGUCCAAACCAAAGGUUGGGAACCACUGAUAAUUCAUCCAACAUGAGAGCAAUCUCCUAGUAGUGAAGGAUUUCUGUAAUACUUUGGGGGGAAAAUAGUUACAGAAAUUACAUCAUUAUAGUUUGCACUUACCUUUUCCUUGACAUUGGUGCUUCUGAGAUUACUGCUUCAUUCAUUGCCAAAAUAACAAGUAACAUGUACAUUUACUGGAUUAAUGACUACAUGAGAAGAAUCUCCACUAAUUUACUGUCAAUGAUUUUAAUAUGUCUUUUGUUUGGAGGCCUUUUAGAAUUCCUAUGUUAGGAGGGAUACCAUUCUGUCCUGUAGAUAAGGAGACCCAUUAAAUUCAGCAUGAAACACAACUGACUGAGCUUCCAAUUUCACUUUGUUUCCCACUAACACUACCAUUAUACAAAUCACUGAUGGAGGCUGGUGAGAUAAAAUGAUGCCAGGUAAGAAAACCAUGGUUUAGUAUUAUGAUAUAAUGUCAUACUCUUCUGUAGUACAUAUUGGUCAGAGAUUUCUCUUCUGUAACUAUGAAUGGCACCAUUGUUUUAUUUAUGUACAACCUUUUCCAGUGCUAAAAUUUAAGGUGGGGUUUCCAAAAGAAGAGAUGCCCUCUCUACCACCUUCCAUUAGAAGGAUAGUGCAUCUUAGCCGAGAAGUGGAAUUGAAAAUUAUACAAAAGUAAGACAGGUAGAGAAACAAGUGAAAGAAGCACAAUUAGCUAAGAAAUUUUGGAACUAUGUAGAGAUUGUGAUAACAUACAACUGCAACAACACAAGACAUUUAACUGUUUAAUAUGCUCUUACUGUCUUUUUGUUGUGUACUGACUGAUCUAUAUGAAGGAUCUCUUCUAUUCAUGAGUUAUGACUCGAUAUCAAGAACGUACUUUAUAAUAACGGAUUGUGGUUAUAUUUUUAUUUUUUAUUAAUCUUUUUUUUUUGCCUGUGCUUCCAUUAUUUAGUUUGUCCACACGAGUUCUUCUUGUGACAUCAUCUCCAAGUGCUGGGAGACCAUUUCUCUUGCUUUGUAUAUAUGUGAUUGCUGUGGGCACACCUGUUAUAAAUAAUAACAAUACUGAAGUAAUGAGUCUAGUUUUCUUGAUGUCUUAAAUUAUGAGUGUUGGAAAUUAGGGUCUUGAACUGUUUGUGUACACCUAAGGCAUUGUUCAGUUAAAGAAAUAAAUGUGGCAUUUAUGCAAAUACUGGA